AUGGGUCGUGAACUUCAAAAACGCAAGCGCCGCUCCUCGCGGCCGACCAUUCGCCAGCCCUCGUCCCGCAAGAGCAAGGUGACCAACCCAUUGGGCAACGACAUUGUCGCCAAGAACUGGGACAAGAACUUGACGCAAACGCAAAACUACCGUCGCCUCGGCCUCGUGAACCGCUUGAAGGCGCCCACGGGCGGUGCAGAGCUUGACUUGACCACCAAGGACAAGCAGAAGAAGAGCUCCAAGCCCGUUGACCCUUUCGCCAUCCAGGUCACGGGCACCGAGAGCGUGGUCAGCGAGGUGCGGGUUGAGCGCGAUGAGAAUGGCAAGAUCGUGAAGAUCAUCCGCGGCAAGGGAAGGGAUAACCCGCUCAACGACCCGCUGAACGACCUGGACACGGACUCCGAGGCCGAGGAGCAGUUCCCCGACGAUGGCGAGACAUGGGGAGGUAUCGAGGACAACAGCACAGAGGUAUGGAAGCAGCUGGAGAGAGAGGCGAACAGGCCCGUGGAAAAGAGGGUUAGAAACCAGAGUCAGAGAGAGCGCGAGUGGUUGGAGGGUCUGGUCGAGAAGCACGGAGCAGACACCAGAGCGAUGGCAAGGGAUCGCAAGUUGAACCCGAUGCAGCAAACGGAGGCGGACAUUUCGAGGAGGCUGAGGAAGCUCAAGGGCGGCUCGUGA